GCGGUUUUAUAACAGAAAACAGCCUUCUCACAUCGUGUCCUGAGGUUGUCUUUGUCGUUCUUGCUUCAUCAUAAAAACAAUUUUCCUUCUUAAAAUCAUCUAAUAACGAAACCCAAUCUACGAAAAUCUGCAGAACUAAAUAAACGAGAGGAUUAAUAACCUGUUUCAAGUAUUGAUUGUUCUUGUAUUUUUUCUUGUAAAACCCAUCAGCAGCAAGCGAGAUAGACCCCAAGGAUAGUUACGCAAUGGAACAAUGGAAGUUUAUAGGAAUAAACUAGUGAUCCUCUGACCUCGGAAAACUACAAAACAAAGAACUAGCUUAGGUUUUAAACUUUGUAGAAAUGAGUUGUUUCUUGGGGUCAUCCACGCACAGCAAAAGUAGGGAGAAUGAAGGCUCAUCCAUGGUUGCUGCUUAUGAACAACAGAACCCUCAGUGGAAUGAUCGGGGACAAAUAACUUCAUGGGAAUCAGUGGCAAUUAGCAAAGAAUCACCAAUCAAUAUUGAGGCAAAGAGUUACACAUUCCGUGAAUUAGCGGCUGCUACAAAUAGUUUCAAGCAAGAGUUCUUGAUUGGAGAAGGAGGAUUCGGUAGAGUUUACAAAGGGAAGCUGGAGAAAACCGGACAGGUGGUGGCUGUGAAGCAACUUGAUAAAAAUAGAUUACAAGGGAACAGAGAGUUUCUGCUAGAGAUCUCUGCGUUAAGUACUCUUAAUCAUCCCAACCUUGUUGAUCUUAUUGGAUAUUGCCUUGACGGAGACCAAAGACUUCUUGUUUAUGAGUUUAUGCCUCUUGGUUCCCUUGAAGAUCAUCUCCUCGUUAAACCAGAUGUUGCACCGGGACAACAACCAUUGGAUUGGAACACUCGGUUAAGGAUAGUCUUAGGAGCUGCAAAAGGGCUUGAGUAUCUCCACGAAAAGGCAAACCCUCCGGUGAUAUAUCGAGAUUUUAAAUCGUCGAAUGUAUUGCUCAACAGAGAUUUCGAUGUAAAACUAUCAGAUUUUGGUUUGGCAAAACUUGGUUCGGUUGGUGACACACAAAAUGCAUCUUCCCGAGUUACGGGAACCUACGGUUAUUGUGCUCCUGAGUAUCAGAAAACCGGUCACCUAACGGUUAAAUCUGAUGUGUAUAGUUUUGGAGUCGUGUUGUUGGAACUCAUAACCGGUAAACGUGUUAUUGACACAACGAGACCGAGUCAUGAACAAAAUCUUAUUACUUGGGCACAACCGAUUUUCAGAAAACCAAAUAGAUUCCCGGAGCUAGCUGAUCCACUCCUUCGAGGCGAGUUCCCGGAAAAAAGUCUAAACCAAGCUAUAGCAGUAGCGGCAAUGUGUCUGCAUGAAGAACCAAUAGUUCGACCAUUAAUCAGCGAUGUCGUUACCGCCUUAAGUUUUAUGAGCACAGAAACCGAUUCAUCAUCUGGUUUCACCGGUAGCGUCCUGAAAUUUCAACCUUCGUCUGCUAAAAUUAAAACAGUGGAGGACCUGCUUCAAUAUUAGUCACCUCCAAGACAAAGAGAUGUGAACUUGCUACUAUAAAGACUUUUACAAAUCG